CCGGCAAUACAAUAGUAGGUCCUAUAUCAAGUUAAUGCUGUGGGUUAGCUAAUUAGCUAGCCAUGUCAACGGCGUCGUCUAGUUGCUAGGCACGACUUGAGCCCCCGUACAGGGAUAAACUAGCCCAUUACUAUCCACUGUGGUAAGCUAACCAGGAUGAAACGAAUGAGACUGCUAAGUUUGCUAAAUUUGUCUGCUUCUUCGAACCCGUCACGUUGAGACCACGGACGCUGAGCAGCUUAUCGAAGCUGGGUUGUUUGAUAAGAGGGGAAACUAAGGAUUAGCUGCGUUAUACUUUGAUUCACUUACUCGCCGUGAUUAGAAAACAUUGUUACCGUUCCUGGAUUCUGAUUGUGGUCUUCAAAACUCCUUACAAAGUCAUCAGGACAACUGGUUUUAUGAAAGGCCUGUAUGGAGAGAAUGAAAUGAAGUCAGAUAAUGUUAAGGAUAAAGACUCUAAGAUAGCCUUCCUCCAGAAAGCCAUAGAUGUCGUGAUGCUGGUGAGUGGCGAGCCCCUGGCAGCAAAGCCAGCACGCAUUGUGGCUGGCCAUGAGCCUGAGAAAACCAAUGAGCUGCUGCAGGCCAUCGCCAAGUGCUGCCUCAACAAGAUGUCCAGUGAUGAUGCAGUGAAGCGAGUACUUGCAGGAGAAAAGGUGGACAUGAAGACCAAGGCUAGCACCUCCAGGUCCCAGGACAAGGAGAAUAGGGAAGGACGUGAACGUCACCUGGAUAGAGAGGAGAAGAAAAAAAUUACAGAGCGCAGUGGGAGCCGGGACCAGAAGGACCCAGACCAGCCCAAAGAGCAGGAGAGUCGACAUAGAGAUGGGGAGAAAGAGCACCACCGGGACAGGGAACGCUCUGACAAGCACCACCGCAGUGAACAGGAGCACGGCAAAGACCGUGACAAAGACAAGAGCCGAGACCGGGAACGAGACAAGGAUAGAGACAAAGGACGAGUUAAAGAUAGGGAAAAGGAGAAAGACAGAGAGAGGGAUCGAGAAAGAGAAAAAGACAAAGAGAGGGCUAAGGAGCGGGGAAAGGCAAGAGAGAGGGAUUCCCACAGAGACCUGGAAAGAGACAAGGAAAAACGAAGAGAUAGAGACAGAGACAAAGAACGGGAGAAAGAGAGAGAGCGACACAAAGAGGGGGAAGAGAGGAACAACAGUAUAGAGAAUGCCAAUAGCAAGACCAGAGUAUCGGAGGAACCACAGCAGAAACCCAGCUCAGAAGAGCCCAGCAAAACAGCCAAACCUGUGACAGCUCCUGCAGAAGCAGUUGAAAACCAGUCUGACAGUAAAGUCAGAAUACCUCGGCCUUCAUCUGCCAAAGGGCAGAGGCGGAGACCCAAAAUUGGAGGCCAAGAUGAAUCUGACAGUGAGGGAGACGGAGAUACUCAGUUAGCCCAGAGACCUGUUGCUCAGGAAAAUGGAGAUGCUGCAGGCUCCUCAGUGCCAUCUGACAUGCAUUCAAGACGAAUAACACGGCCCAGCAGUGCUCGCCCAGCACCUCCUCGAGUCAAGAGGCAGGAGAGUUACAGUGACGUGACUUCAGCUGAGAGACUCUCUAGUGCCAAGCCCUCAGCACCUGUCAUCAUAGAUGGGAAGAAGCUGUCUGAGGACGAGGAGGAUGAAGAUGAGCAAUUUCUUGUGGAGGAGGCUGUCCCUCCACCCUCAAAUGUUCCUGAUAUGGAGGAUCCUGCACAAGAACUGGACAGUGAAGAGAAACACGGUGGCCUUGUGAAAAAGAUCCUUGAGACCAAGAAGGACUAUGAAUUGUCGCCAUCCUCCCCCAAAUCUAAAGAGCAGAACUUGGUGUCUGAAGCAGCGCGGAAGAAAGAGCGGGACAUGGUUACAAGGGAGAUUGAGCGGCUGCGCUCAUCCAUCCAGACGGUGUGCCGCAGCUCCCUGCCUUUGGGUAAGAUCAUGGACUACAUCCAGGAGGACGUGGAUGCCAUGCAGGCUGAACUGCACACCUGGCGACGGGAGAACAAGGAGCAUGCACAGGCCCUGCAGCAGGAGCAGAGAGCGACAGACCGGGCAGUGGAGCCUCUUAAAGCAGAACUAGCUGAGCUGGAGCAGCUUAUCAAGGACCAGCAGGACAGGAUUUGUGCUGUAAGGUCCAAUAUACUGAAGAAUGAAGACAAGAUCCAGAAGAUGGUGACAGGAAUCAACUUCUCUUCCAGAACCUGAAGUGAGAAACAAGGUCCACAGAGAAAAACUUCUAAAAAUGCACUGAAGACUUUUCUCCUUCAGAGUAAUGGCGAGACUAUUUUUCAAGGAGAUACUGUGGGAACAGGAGACGGACCUGAACAUAUUACCACACGACCAGGGUGGAAAAUAAACAUCAUCUGUCUGAUUUUGAUAAAUAAAAGCACCGUGGGAUGUUUUAGAGGUCUGACUCUAUUCUAACCUAAUGAAUGAUAAAAUGGAAAAAGUGGAUGGUAAAGUUGGAGAUAUACCAGCUGCUAAGACUGACAGAUAAAUAAAUGAAUAAAUAAAAUUAAUCUUCCUGCUCUGCACACUAACCUAACCCCAUCUUUUGCCCCAGUUUUGUAAUGGUGCCUGUUCACGUGGAAUGAGCCAGGGAGCUAUCAUUAGACCAAAUUAAAAAUGUG